UUUGUCUUUAUUGUUUUGUGUUGAACUCUGAAAUUCGAUUAUAAUAAUUAUUGAAAAGGUAUAUGAAAGUUUUCCAUUAAUAUUAGUUAAUACUUGGUGAUCUAGGAACGUGAAACUGCAUAGCAACUGAAAAAGUAGGCCCUGAAAAUGGAUCAAACACAAACUGGAGCCACUAAAUUUAGAGCUCAUCUUCGCACAUCAAUAAACGCUGAUGAUAUAGCAAAUAUAACUAGAAUUCUUGAUCAAGAACUGCUAGACUCACAAAACACUUUAAACGAAAUUUCAAACAUAUUCGCUUCUAUCAACGAUUAUAAAAACAGCAAUUUACCAGUUCACAACUUGGAUAGAGACGCCGUUUCAAAAUUUUUAGACGCGGAGCCUUUAAAACUGGUAACGCCAGACUUUGGGGACAUUAAAUUUGAGGGUGAAGUUGAUGAAAUUUUGGCGACUAUGAAGAAAUAUGCUGAUCAUUUAAAAGAGAAAUUACCUGUUGUUGAAUCACAAAUAAAUAUGGAGGAAAUAGUUCAUAAUUCGGAAACUAUUGAUGUUAGCCAGUAUGCUGCUAGUUUGGAGCAACUGAAUAAGCGCCUGGCGCAUAUAAGACAGAACCUGAGGCAAGAAGCAACUACAAAGGAUUUGAAUAUGGAAGAAAAGUUGGAAACAUUGAAUCAAAAUGUUAAGCUAUUUAAAGAGAUGACAGAAGGAAACGCAUUGUUAAGCAAACGCAGUGCAGAAAGUGGCGAAAACAUUGAAAAUGGACACAACUCAACAAGGCAAUAUGAGGAAAUAGUCAAUAAGUUACUGUCUGGUAUCAAUGAUGUUACAUAUUUAAGACAAAAUAAGGGUUAAAUGGGGAAUUAGUUUAAAAGGUUUUCAGGAACUUUGUAUCAUAUAUAGGUCUACUAGUUAACAUAUUCAAUGCCAGCAUCCUGCAAGGGGGGUGAUCUGUUCUGAGCUUUAUAUACGGGAAUUUGAAUGUUACCAGCUACUAUCUGGCAGCGUGUAGCAUUCACUGGCACUGCCAGGCGUGGCUCACUCCACGAUUUCGUUGCGUUGCUACAAGUACAUGUGGCCCACACCAAUUUUGGUGUCUAGCAGUAGAAGUUUGCCGCGCAUCGCUACGGAAUGGGCGCGUGCUCGCGCUUGCGCCACCUUGCGGUCAUAUCUGUCGUAAUAGACGCGUUUUGUUAGAGAGUGACCCUUCUGCACCUAGUGCUAUUAUUUAUUCUGUGGCAUUGCACUGAAUGUGUUAAGUAAUUUUUGGCAGUGUUAUGACUUAUUAGUCAUAUUUAAUAUUUAUUUUAUCUUUCUCAACAAUUUGAUGUAUAAUAAAACAUGUUAUGAAAA